AUGCAAUCGACACAACCCGAAGACAAGACCACCAAUCAACCAACGCCCAUGGAAACCGAUGCAGCCAUGGUCUCUCGCGACCUAUAUUCACUCAUUGGAGGAGCUCCACCGAUUGCAUUUGUUAAGCCCACCUUCAAAGCAAAAUACAACGACAAGAAAAAAGCAGCAGCAUGGGUGCAACAACCAUUUACAAACCCUGCACGUACCGACGAUCUCACUCUUCAUCAUUGGAUACAAGAAAGCAAACUCAAUCAAGAAUACCCCUUCUCCAAGUUCAAUCGUGUCAUUGACGUACCAGAUUAUACGGAUGAAGAAUAUGAGCGACAUUUGAUAGAUUCAGAAUGGACCAAAGAUGAGACGGAUUAUCUAUUCAACCUUUGUCGACGAUACGAUUUGCGGUUUCCAGUAAUACAAGAUCGAUACGAUUUCCCUGAAAAGACACGUAGCAUCGAGGAUUUGAAAGAUCGUUACUAUGCCGUUCAACGCAAACUGAUCAAAGCACGACCUCAUUUACCAGGCGAAUAUCAUCAGGAUCGACAAACGCUGAUGCAACAAUACGCAUUCGACAAAGCCAAGGAAACAGAACGAAAGGAGGCAUUGAUAGCAUUAUUCAAUCGCACCAAAGAGGAAAUUGAACAAGAACAAGCAUUAUUUGUGGAAGCACGACGUAUCGAGAUGAAUGAACCAAAACUUGCACGAGAACGAGAAGCACUACUCAAUGCACUACAAUUGGAACAAGCACAACAAAUGCCAACCACGCCAUUGACACCCACUGGCUCAGGCGUUGGUGCCAGUGCAGCAGCUAGCACAUCAGGGGGAACAUCCUUAUCCACACCAGGUGGUAUUGGUAUCACGGGUGGAACGGCUGGAAUGGAUUCAAAGAAAAAGAAAAAGGCUGCUACACAAGAUGAGGGUGGUGUCAAAAAGAAUAGGAGGAUAUCAAAUGCAUCUUCAGGCGUCCUCGAUGAUGUUAUUCCUGAACGAAAAGAGAAGAUGGUGCAAGGAGUCUAUGUGCGAAGCCAAAAGUUGCCAGUAGUUACCAAGCAAGCCUUACAGCAAAAGCUUUUGAAAACAAUGGCGGAUAUGGAUAUACCUGUACGGCCACAAAUGCCUACUGCUCAAGUGGUACAAAAGUAUGAUCAGCUACAUCAUUCUUUGGUCCAUAUGCUGGAGCUCAGGAAAACAGUGGACAAAAUGGAAGCCGAGCAACGAGCAAGGAUGCAACGUGGAGGUCAUGGUGGUGGUGCUGCAGGAUCAGGCUCACGGCCAUCUGGAUCAAGAGAUAAAAAGCGUAGAUAA